CCCAGAAUGAAGAAGCUCCCUCACGUUUUGAGGAAAAUCCGCUCCAAACCAACCAUAAUAAGGAUUAAAAGCGACAAAUCUCAUGCCUCCUCACAAUGAAUGAGAAGCUGACUCGGGGAUUCCCCAUCAUGAUUUCACGUCCAACGCCAAUUACUAUGGAUUUGCUUCCUACUUCCUCCUAAUCAAGUUAUUAUUACUAGCCAAAAUCUUUCCAUGUGUUGUAGUCCUCACAAAGAAAGCAAAAUUUGAAGUAGCUUUGGUCCCCCGCACCGUUUCACCCUCCUCCAGCACCUCUCCCUUUCCCUCUCUCCCUCUCCCUCUCACUCUCAGUAUCUUUAGACUCAUCAAAAAUUAAAUCUUCCGGGUGCAUUAUUUUUACACUAGAAUUUGUUGUACCUUUGUGUCCAUAUCACAUCAUUUCUCAUGUUCAUAUAUAUGCUUCAUGGCAUCCAAUACAUCUACUACCAUGUUCAUGAUGUCUCAUGUCUUUGAUAGUUGAAACAUUUCAAAGCGUCUAUGUAUAUCAUGGAUAUUCUCUUACGAAAUCAGGAAACCCACAAUCAUAUUAUAUUUGUUCUUCAUGAUUCUUGGUUUAUUUAAAGACUUUAACUGGCAUACCAGGUGAUAGAACCACCAACAGAUGUUUUUGCCCACCAGCCCCAGGUUCAUCUUCAUCAUCCCAUACCAUCUGGAGAAAUUUGUCCUGUUGCUAGUCCAUUAUCCCUUGCAACCCAGAACAAGACUCGAAUGCGUUGGACGCCAGAACUUCACGAAGCCUUUGUGGAAGCUGUCAAUAAGCUUGGUGGUAGUGAACGAGCUACACCGACGGGUGUCCUGAAGCUCAUGAAUGUGGAAACCCUGACCAUCUAUCAUGUAAAAAGCCACCUCCAGAAAUAUAGAACAGCCAGAUACAAACCAGAGUCUUCAGAAGGAAUGUCAGAGAGAAAUUUGACUCCUAUUGAGGAGAUCACAUCUUUGGAUUUGAAAGCGUAA